AGAAUAUCCCUUGGAGACUGACUUUUUCUGGCUGAUUUCUGUCUGCAUGCAAAUAACGAAACACCACAUGUUGCCAGGGAAGAAACAACAGAGCAAACCACUCUAACUUACAAUGAGCUGCUGGUUAUGGUGAUCUCCAAGACCCUGCCACUACUAGAUUCAAAGGGACCUCGGGUCUUGAUUGGAAGCAAUUAUCCAUGUUGGGAAAAUACCUGAAGGGGAAUUGAGGCAGUGCAGGGACAAGAAAGAGGGCUGGGAAUGGGCUGAGGAGCUGAACCGUGCUGACCCUCAUGGAUCUGCUUGUGUCCAAGCUGUGGUCUCCCACCAUGAGCUUCCCAGAUGAUUUCAGGGGUCUCCCCAUCCUCCUCAAUGUGCUGGUGUGGGAGAUCUGUGCUGGUCCCCGUGGGUGUGCAGGACCCAGCUCUGCAGGCUCCCUGCACCCUGUGGAGCAGCAGUGAAGCCUCUCUGGUGGUGCCCAGGACUGUGCAGGAAGGCAGAGCUGAUUCUCUGCAGAGAGCAACAGGCUGCGGAGAUGGAGCAAUCAGAAGAAACCCCAGGAAAGGAAAAGAUCCAGCCUUGUCAGAGGACAAAGAUGUUGCCAGUCAAGCUUCAAUUAAGAACGAAUGCAGGAAAAUUUGGUCGCUCCUGCGCAGCGGGAAGUUUUCCUGCCCCACCACCAAGGAGCCCUUCAGCAGCCCAAAUAAAAAAGGAGACCUCAACAAGUGCAUGAUGUGCCAAAGGCUGCUGGAAAGAGACUCAAAAACCCAGGGGAGUGGUGGAGAGAUGGACAGGAAUGUGAACUCCUUGGGAAAGGAUGAGUGUCGGGAGUUUCGGGAUCUGUUCAACAGAGGGAAACUUUCCUGCACCAGGGAGAACGACCCAGUCCGGGAUGCCUCUGGGAAGCAGCACAGCAAUAAGUGCAUCAUGUGUGCAGAGAAGUUCAAAAGGGAGAAUGAGCAGAAGUUAUCUAAAAACAGACAAGGAAAAGAUAAGGAUGACUGCAGCGAGUUCCGCUCCCAGUUUGAGGCUGGCGGCCGCCUGUCCUGCACCAGGGAGAACGCCCCUGUCCGGGACGCCUCUGGCAGGCAGCACACCAACAAGUGCCUCAUGUGUGCUGAGAAGUUCAAAAAGGAAGCUCAGAGAGGGGGUGGAACUCUCCAGCGCAACAAAUUGCCCACUUCAGAGAGGACAAAGCAGAAGAACUGUGGUGGCUCACGGCAGGGUGUAAACGAGAGGCGUCCCUUCUCCUCGGGCAGAGGCCCACAAGUCCAGCGUGGCAGGAACUGCAACCGGCCACCGGGCCGCAAGUCACAGAGCAGAGACAGCCAGGAGGACCCCACGCUGGACUGUGAUCGAAUUCUGCAUGGGGUAAAGGGUGGAAGGAUUUUCUGCAGCGAAUCCUCACAACCAGUCUGUGGCACUGAUGGGAAAACAUACAAAAAUGAAUGUGACUUGUGUUCAGCUGCCAUGAGAGCUUCAAACUUCAUCACGGUAAACUAUCGAGGCGAGUGCCAAGAGCCUGGCCCUGCAGUGGAGUAAUGGAGUUCAGACUGCCAGCAAACACCAGGGAUCAGCUGUGACCAAAGAGCGAGUAAAGAAGCGUUGAUGUCGAGCAUCAGGGGAGCUGCCGAGCCCCCAGGACUGCCAGAGCUGCCUCCAUCCCCUUCUGCAGCCCACGGGGCCUGUCCUUGCUCAGGUGGAGGGCGAGAGGCUGUGGGGACUCAGUGCUGCCUUCCCAGGGCUUCUGUUUGGCAGCUGUUAGAACAUCUGUCUUUCCCUACAAGGCUCUCUCUACUACAGGGAGCUCUUCUCCAGGCAAUUUCCUUGGGAUCUCCCUGCUCUGUUCUGCUGCAAGAUCUCUCUUGCUGCC